UGUAGUACUAUCUCAACUCGAGUAGUAGUAGGUGACCGAAAUUAAAAACAAACAUGUCUUUGAGUAGAAUUUCCCGAGCUUAUCCUGCAAUUUUCAAUCAAUUACAAAGAUAUUCCAUUACUAAAGUAGCUUUAAUAUCAACAUCCAAAAAAUCCAAAGAUACUUUGGCAUUUCCGGAUGAUGUUUUUCCUAAGAAAUUACCACCUGCUCCAAAAACAGUAGAAGAUUUUGCCGAAACUAAAAAUCCUAAGUUUUGGGUUUCUUAUGGUUAUGAUGAAGAGAAUUAUGAAACUGAUAGACAUGAUCAUAAAGUAAUUAAUUUCUUCAUGUUAACUGUAUUGGUAUGUGGAGGUACCUUCAUCAUGGCAUAUAAUCCUGAUGUUCAAAACAAAGAUUGGAUUUAUAGAGAAGCAUACCUUCGAAUGAACAGUCGACAAAAACAAGGCUUGCCUAUUAUAGAUAAAAAUUAUAUUGAUCCAGAAAAAAUUGAAUUACCUUCUGAUGAAGAACUUGGAGAUACUGAAAUAAUAAUCUAAAUAUUUAUUGUUUCUUACAAUUUGUUUCAGUAUAUUUCUAGAAAAUCAUGAUUAAUAAUCUGGACAGAAUUGUUUAGAACUUUUUUUUGUUAUGAAUAAAUAAUUUUUUCAAAAGUC